UUUUGAUAAUAUGCCUACAUUAGGGGAAAAAAGAAAGUGAGAAAGCAGUCCAGCAAGGAAACUGCUUCCCUAUUAGGAAACGUGAAGAGGAGAAGGGGAGAAAAGGUUCUUUCAUUUCCCGUGAAUGCAAGAAAUAACUCGUUUUCUUCAGCCCAGUUGAUUUUUGGUCCAUAACUCUGUUAAUUUUUGCAGCCCAAAAUAGGGAACACGAAACAAGUAGGGGGAGGAGUACCUUUAUAAAACGUUAAUAUAUGCGAAUUUUUGCAUAGGGAAAAAAAAAGAAAAAGUUUGAAAAGGCCACAUUGUAUUUACAAGAAUAACGGAAGUGCUUAUACAAAACUUCGUACGACAAAGGAGAAAAUCCCAAGGGGGGAGGAAAAAGGGAGUAUUGCUGGUUUCCACGCCAUUUUUUUUUUCCUACCUCUUCCGGGGAAUGUGCCACUUUGCACACGAGUAGGACAGACACUCCCCCCCUUCCCCAUAGGUAGCGACCGCAUGGCCAGCGGGCAAGUCUACAAAUACCUUCCCCUCCACCACGCACGUAAAAGAGAAGCCUCCCUUUGCUUCUUAGCCGUUUAGGCCAGAAGAAAGGGGCAGAAUGAAAAGGGAUAGAAACCAACAAGUAGGUGAAGGGAAAGGGAAGAGAAAAAAAAAUGAUCAUGGUGAUGAGGUCGACGUGGUAGGGCCAGCUGGGGCUGGAAAAGAAGCCGCCGCAGAAGGGGGAAAAGAUGGGGCUCAAAAAAGUGGGAAGGACAUCGAAACGUUUAAUCCGCAACUCAGUGCAAGGGAGUUGAAAAAGAUUCAGUACUACGAAAAUAUGUUUAAGAAAAUGGAACGGAAAAGGGAGGAGCGCCAGAACGAGGCGGACAACAAGGGGAAGAGGAAAGGUAGCAACGCGAGGAAGGUGAAGAGGGAAACGGAGCCGAGCAGUAAGGAGAAGGGGGAAGAGUCAGGAGAAGUGGCAGGGGAAGCGUCAAAUGAAGCGGCAGGAGAUCUGGCAGUUGAAGCUUCAAACGAAGCAGUGAUCAGGGAGGAAACAGGAGAGGACGCUAGGCAAAGUGGCGUGAAGGAAACCACCCAGGGAAACAGCCAAAAAGGGGAAAAAAGCGCGAAAGAUUCGGAAGUUGCGAAAGACAAGCUGAAAAAGGCGAACCCGAAGGAGGAACCAACAGAGACAUGUGCAGAUGCAGUCGGCAGGGAGAAACGAGAUGAACUUCACUCGAUGGAUGGUGAGGAACGCGGCAAGAAUGACAAAUGGAGAAAAGUAGAAAAGGCGCAAAUGAGAAUUAAGGAAGAGGAGCUAAGGAUGGAAAAAGGUGUGAGUUCCGAAAUGAGGGAGGGAAGCAAUAAAGCUGUUCCAUUGAAAGGGAAGAAGUUCGUAGAGAAUGCUAACCCCAUUGUGAGUGAUAGCGAGGGAGGAGGAGAAGGAGAUGAAGAAGAUGCAGAAGAAGACGACCAUGAUGAUGAGUUGCGCAGUGCGGAGAGGAACCCCCCACAUGGUGACAAACACAACGAUCAGAGUAGCGCUUCCCCGAAGCAUUAUACAUAUAACGAAAACCGAAUGGCGGAAGCAGGGGAUAAUAGCGGCAAGGUAAAGGAAGAAAAUAGAAGUAGUGGAAGGCACAAAAUGGAUGGCGAAAAGGGACACGAAUCAGACCGUGAUGUAAAUUAUGAUAAUGACCCAAAUGAGAUGAUAAACUUCGAAGGGAAGAGGAAAAUAUACUCAGAAGCUGAAAGGAAAAAAAGAGUUUUAAAAAUUAAGAGGAGCUUCUCGGUGAGCUCAAAUAUAAAUGAAUAUUUUUUCAACACAAAUUCGAUACAGUUGAUGAGCGAUAAUUACCCCAGUGCGUACGUAAAGGAAGAACAAAGUUCAGGAGAGGACAAUGAAAACGAGCCAAACUUUAGUUACAAAAAAAAAAAACUCCUAAAAUUGUUAACGCGCACAGGUGGUAAAGCCAACAACGUUGUUCAUCCCUUGGCUGUAGCGAAUAAUGACAGUAGUAGCAAUAACACCGAGGGGGGGAAUUAUAACUUGGCCGAUUCGCACAAAUGGCUAACAUGGAAAAGUAAAAAAAAUUACAGCAUUUGCUUCGCUUCGAAUAAUAACAGUAGGAAGCGAAACAAAUGGCACAUUGUGCACAGUUAUAGUGAGCCCCGCAUUGAAACAAAUGAACUUGUCGACUUGCGUCCAAAUGGUGAAGAAAAAAAGUUUGUUGAUGAACAUAUGAAUAUGAAUGGCAGAUCAAAUGGCACAUCAAAUGGUACAGAAUAUUUUAUCAUUGGGGAAGACCCACCCAUGGGGAAGAAAUCAUUUUGCGAAAAAAAAUUCAACGGAAAAUCUGAAGAAGGCAGUAGCUCCACAAAUGUGAUGAUGCAUGCGAAUAAAAAAUUCGAUGUGAACUGUUGCAUUAGGAAGUAUCUUGAUAAUAUGCGGUACACAAAUUUAAAAAAAUUAAAAAAAGUGAACAGAGGCAAUUUAAAGUUGUAUGUGCAGGGGUGUACAAAUUUUUUAAACUUUGACAAGGUGGAUAGCGCCAUCCUGUCCAUGCGGAAAUUCCAGGAGGCUCUGCAGCGGAGGGGUGGCGUGAAUGGCGGUGAAGAGGGAGGCGAAGCGGCUUCGUAA